AUGGUACUCCCACGGCUGUUGGUGCUCUACGGUAGCGAGACUGGCACCGCGCAAGACGUGGCCGAGUUCGUGCAACAGAGGGCUUUCAACCGGCAGCUUCUGGACACGCGGAUCUACGCCAUGGACGCGUUCGAAGUGGCCAAACUGCUGCCUCAGUGCUCCACUGUUGUCUUUAUCGUGGCUACAACUGGUGACGGCGAAGUGCCUGAGAAUAUGCGUAGCAGCUGGCGCAGUCUGCUUCAAAAGAAGUUAGGGAACGAGUGGCUGAAAGGCGUCCGCGUUGCUGUUUUUGGACUGGGUGAUUCGAGUUACGCCAAGUAUAAUGCUGCGGCUAGACGGCUGCAGGCACGUUUGCUGCAGUUGGGAGCGUCCGAGCUCAUUGUACGUGGACUAGGGGACGAUCAGCACGCUUUUGGAUACUUUGGAGCGCUGAACCCGUGGCUGGAGAAGCUCUGGAUGGCGGUUUUGCAGCUAUAUCCGCUACCAGAAGGCCUGACAAUUGACGACUCGUCAAAGCCGAUUGAGCCUCGCUACACUGUCAUUGUGCAUGGUGCCGGAGAUAAAGAGAUGGAGAUAGCGAGCACGUUGACACCGAGGACGGAUAGGUCUAAUUUUUAUGCGCCGCCGCGCACGACAGUGGGGCGUGAGAAGGGUAUUUACUGGGCUCCAGUUGUUGAAAAUAAGCGGAUCACAGCUGAAGACUGGGAACAAGAUGUGCGGCACGUAGAGCUCGACAUUAGUGAUGAUGCUCAAUUGAAUGAAACUAUCGAGGCUCCAUUUAGAGCUGGAGACGUUGCAGUAGUGUAUCCUGAAAAUGUGAUGGGAGUCGACGAUAUGCUCAAGUAUGUGGCGCUGGAUGGCAGCACAGUCAUUUCGAUCAAAGCUGCUGAUGGCUUGGAUCAGGUUGAUCUUCCCUCUCCGGUCUCCGUUUCUGAUCUAUUUACCAAGUAUUUGGCAAUCCUAGAAAUUCCGCGGCGAAGCUUCUUCGAGAAGUUGUCGCUAUUUGCCACAAAUGAGGAGGAGAAAGAGAAACUCGAAGAGUUGGCAUCAGCUGAGGGCGUCGAUCUUCUCUACGACUACUGCAUUCGCGAGAAGAAGACGUACACAGAGGUGCUGACGGACUUUCCAAGCGUGAAGGUGCCACUGCCGAUUCUACUACAGCUGAUCCCUCGUCAACAGCCCCGGUCGUACUCGAUCUCAUCGUCAGCUCUUCUCCACCCCGGGCGAGUUCAUUUGACCGUGGCCAUCGUGGACUUCUUAACUCCGUACAAGCGCCGUCGACACGGUAUUUGCUCGUCCUUUUUUCUGUCAUUGGACCCUUCCGAGAAGCAAAGGCGCGUACCAAUGUGGAUCAAGCAGGGUCUCUUUGAGCCUCCAGGCCUUGAGCAAGAUAUGCUGCUCAUCGGUCCAGGAACCGGUCUAGCCAGCAUGCGGGCGAUGGUACAGGAGCGACAAUAUUUGCGCAAACAAGCAAGUGGUGCCAGCUCUGGGGUCAUGUAUCUCUACUUUGGAUGCCGACACGAGAGCAAGGACUUUUUGUACGGAGACGAGCUGCGUGGACUCGUGACAUUGGGCGACCUUACUGAGCUGCACACGGCGUUCUCACGUGAUCAGGAUCACAAAAUCUACGUACAGACGCGUCUGGCAGAGAACAAAGAGACCAUCUUUGAUUUUAUCAUGAACGGCGAAGGCUGCAUCUAUAUUGCUGGCUCGGCCAAGCGCAUGCCAACGGACGUGUACGAGGUGCUGCGAGAUAUUUUGCGUGCCGUCGGUAACGUAUCACUAUCAACCGCGGAAACGGUCAUGAAGACGUUGGCUCGCAAGAAGCGCUACGUGGUCGAGUCCUGGUCAUAA